GAUAGAAGAAGGCUGUUUAUGGAUGUUAGUUUAUGAAAAAUCUCACACAUACAGAUGAUGUACAAUAUCAGAGCAUGAAUAUUUGUUUGAAAGAUGUAUAUGCUUAACUGUUUUUGGUAUUACCUCUUAAUAUUUGAAUAUUUCUACUUUUAUUUUUACAUUAAUUUUCAACCGCUACUGCGUCUCCUUUUAAAAUAGUACUAUGCUUAACAUUGCAGCAACACCAGUCUGUGUUAACAGGAAAGAAGGUGUGACUUGUACAAGUACUCACCUGUGUAGUCAUCGUGUUUGUGACAGCCGUAAUAACUGCUUACAUUGUAUUCGCUUUCAUCUCAUUGAGAAUAUCAACUGUUACAGAUUAUUUAUUUUACUUUCCUUCAGUUCUUCCAGUUCAGUCAUUACAGAAACUGUAUGAAGAGUGAUGGCUCCUGUUGAGGAGGGUCUGAUCACCUGGUUAUCAGGUUGUUCUUCCUCCCUUCAGAUUAGCAUCGUGUCAGCCAUCUUCAUCAUUAUUUAUGUCACAGUCUACAGCCUUUGUACAAGCUGUUUCAGUAUGUCUGACAGUGUUUCACCCAGACAUUUGCACAGACGAGAGAAAACAAAUAUUCCAUCGGCACCUCAACAAAAUAAACUACCUGAGCCCCAGAGUGUUGAAUAUAUGCCAGAUGCCAAGGAUCUAACUGAUCAUAUAUACUCAUUCGUGGAGGCUGAACUGAAUGAGGAAAAUCCUUAUGAGUGCAUUAGUGAGCCUCCUUUACAGCCUCCAUCUGACAAACCUGACGGGGAGAAUGAGAGCCCUUCCCAAGCAAUGACAAAGCCUGAUGAUAAUCACUCUGUCUCAGCCCUCAACAAACCAGUAAAUAAGCAGGCAGUGGAGCAGCCUGAUGCUUUACCUCAACAUUUGACCAACUCAGAACCGACUGCUGUCUAUGCUGCAGUGAACUGGAAAACCAAAAGUCAGAAGAACAUAACACCUCUAUCUGAUACAGAUACUGUGGUUGAUAUGAGUGAUAUUGCUAAGGAGACUGUUCCUCCCAUUCCAGACAAACAUUUCUAGUAUGACGAAAGGGCAAUGUUUUGAUUUUCAAUGCAUUAUUUGUAUUUAUUCAUAUUUUGCAAGCCUUAUAAAACAAACACGCAACACAUAUAAACAUGUUGUUAACAAUAAAUAUUCUUGUAUUUAUUGCUAUUUAUCAUGUGAACUAAUAAAUAUAUACAUUCUUA